CGUUUCCUGGACGGAGUUCCUGAGGGAGGGCCCGCACGGAGAGGGGAAGAGAAGCAGCCAUGGGAAAGUUCUCCCCACUUUUUCCGAUUACAGCGGGUCUUUAUAAAGAAGGCAGCACACAUUUCAAGCGGCGUAACAUCAGUAAUACACAGCAGAGGGACUCGGAACCGGUGAGGAGACAUAAGCCGCUUUAAGAGAGAGAAAGGAGCAGAGGAUGUCCAGAGCUGACUGGUCCUUCCUGGAACACCUGCUGGAGGAGGGCCAAGAGUACUCAACUGCUAUUGGCCGGAUCUGGCUGACCAUACUCUUCCUCUUUCGCAUUCUGGUACUGGGAACAGCUGCUGAAUCGGCGUGGGAUGACGAGCAAGCCGACUUCGUCUGCAACACGAAGCAGCCCGGUUGCACUUCCGUGUGCUACGACAAAGCCUUCCCCAUAUCCCACUUCCGCUACUUUGUCCUCCAGGUCAUCUUUGUCUCGACUCCUUCCAUCUUCUAUUAUGGAUACGUGGCCAUCAGAGGUGGGAAGGACCCAAAAGCCAAAGAGGAAAAAGGUGAAAGUGGGAGUAAACAAUGUGAAACUGUGAAAGAAAGAGAGCACACCAGCCUGACCAAAGGAAUUGCAGAGCAGAAAGAGAAAGAAAACUGUCGUGGGAAAGGGAUAUCGCCUAAAAAGGCAUCUACUGAAGCUCCGAAACUGAAAGGGAGGCUUUUGAGGGCAUAUGCAUUCAGCAUCCUCCUAAAGGUCUUCUUGGAGGCGGGAUUUAUCGCUGGACUUUGGUUCCUUUAUGACGGCUUCUUCAUUGCAGCCAAGUUUGAAUGCACGAGAUUCCCGUGUCCUCAUACGGUGGACUGCUUUGUCUCUCGGCCAACGGAAAAGACCAUCUUCACCAUCUAUGCUCAGGUGAUAGCAGGCAUCUCCCUUUUGCUCAACCUGUUUGAACUCAUCCAUCUAUUGAUGCUAGCCUUUUCCUAUCGCCUAGAGAAGUGGGAUGAGGAUUGUCUACCUCUAAGAGAGCAGGUACAAGUAACUCCAGCACUACAAAUGGAGACGGCCCAGGUUUAUAACACCAGCAGGGACAUCAGCAUCCCCACACAGGGUAGGGAGGCAAAAUUACCAGGCAACCCCUGUGAAAGCUACGCUGAAACAGUAAUAGAAGUGAACUGGGAUGCAGGAGAGACCGGGGAUAACUUGCUUCCUAGCUACAUAAACUGCAUGAAAUCCACUGGAAAAGCAAGUUCCAAACGAUGCAGUCAUUCAAAACAUUCAGAUCUAAAAGUGACGGAUACGAAAGGUGCCCAUAAGGGACAUGCAAAAAACCAGAAACAAUAUGUUUGAUGGUAGCUCGGUGUACUUUUUUUCCUUUGGUUUUUGACGUUUCUGCACAUGACACUUAACAAACAGGAGUGCACAGUUUGAAGGAAAGCAGUAUAACAACCACUGCACUGUGAACUCCAUGCCUCAGAGGCACAAACAUUUGCAGUUUUUUUUUUUUUUUUUUUGAUAAACACAUCUAUUGAAAAUGAAGCAUUUUGAGAACACUCUGCCAAAGGCGAAAUAAAAAUGUGACUCCAUAAUGAGAUUUAAGUCAUAAGAUGCCUUCCUGCUAGGUUUAAUAGCAAAGUGGUGUGGAAAAAACAAGCUGAGGGGUCUGGCAAAGGGAGCUACUAAGUGUUUAUGCAAGGAAAUUUAGAUUUAAACGUACUCUUCUGAGAUUUGCACUGAAACCCCAAGAGUCUUCUGGAACUUUGCUCUCUCCUAAUGGAUUUGUGCUCUCUGUGGAAUGCACUGGUCUCUGGACCCCGCUCGGCUCCCAGAAGGAUAAUUGCGGCGUGGAUGAAGGCACGCAUGCAUGCACGCACACAAUAUGCUCGUCUCCUUUCGCCCAGUGAGUUCCGGUCAAUCAAAAGUUGGAGAUGUGGCCUUGGAAGGCGAGGUGGGGGGGUGUGGGGAGUGGGAAGAGAAGCCAAAAGAUUGGGAUUUGUGGGAUGGAGCAACAGUAACGGUGACCACAGCAUCUUAGCUAUGAAGGGACUAGAGGAAGUGACCACGCUGCUUGCGAUAGCAUUAAUGUGAACCUACAGCCGGAAACUUCAAUAAGCAAUAGCUCCAGAGCCAUCCAAAAAUACACCUCUUUGCAAUUUGUUGUUUAACAACCACAAACGUCAAUGUUGGGAUCUUAUUGAUUUGACCAACAUGAAAAAAAAAAAAAAAAAAAAAAAAGUUGCACUUUUGAUUACACUGAAUGCAGCAACCCCAUAGGUGGUGGUAAUGUCAUGCUUGUGGAGAUCUUUUUCAAUGUCUUACAGGGUUUCCUCCAGGAUUUCAAUGUGGUUAGCACCAUCUAUUUGUCAGAAAAACACUCCCACAGCAUAAGGCUACCGACACCAUGUUUCAAAAUGUGGUGGUGUGUUCAUGGUAAUAAAGACUACAUAUCCUUUUUGUUAACGUCACAUUUAUGCAUUUUUAUAUGUAGGCCUGUCUCAUUUAAUCCCAAUGAAAUACAGUGAAGUUUGAGGUUGCAGAGCAAUACAAUGCCAAAAAGGUUUUUUGCUUUUGUUCUAUGGACCUCAAAUCCAGUAAUUGCCCAUUGAAUGGACAAAAAGCGGUACAGAAAUGUACAAAUUCAAUGAAAGGGAGGGGUUGAAUCUUUGGACAAAUGUAUUUAAAUGUAAUUUUUAUGGUGUUGUAAAGCAAUCCUGAUCAUAUUUAUUAUUGUUUGAUACAAAAAAAACAAGAAUUAUUCCUCAUUUUUGAUGUCAGUUCAUAAUGAAGUCUAACGGACACAAUUUUGUACCAUUUAUUUUCUUCUGAAGUUCAAGUUGAUCUCUUGUGUUUAUGUCCCUCCCCAUCACAUUUUACACAAGAUUUUUUUAUUUGCCGUUGUUUCUUUGUCCAACAAUACACUUUAUGCUAUCCAAGCAUUGUUGCAACACAGAGAAAAUGAAUCCCUCAUGCCAGCAGGAUAAAUAAUAGAAACAAAGAUAUGAAAGAGUAUUUCACGAUAUCAUCAGUGCAGCUUGCCAAGGAAACCAGUGGAGGGAAAUAACUUUGAUUUAAUGUCUGUUUUCUAAUCAGGGGGUUAUGGCUUCGCAGUGAAAAAGAGAGCAUCACUCAUUCCGGCACCAUAAGCUUGCACAAGCCGUAGAGGCACUAUGUGCUCUAUUUAAUUUCCCCUGGAGAAGCUGGGCUGUUAAUGCUUUUUUCCUUUACUUUCUCAUGUAGAGCAACUGAUAAAACCCAGAAGUCAGCGCCUUCAACAAAAGUUCUUGCUUGUGUUCUGAUCCAUUAAGGUGAUAUUUCUUUUCAGCAAUACAUGGCACCUCCAUUACCAGUCGGAGUGAUGAUAAGCAAUUUUUAUGGCAGGGAAAGGGGUCAAUAGAAAAAUUUAAGGGAACCUGGUUUUUGGAACAUCUUCAACUUUAGGAGCGGUCAAAGAAAAAACUGGAACAAACAGUGAAAUUAUUUAUUUCGCUGUGGGUUACCAUGAUUUUCUCUUCCAAUAACGAUAGGAAUGAGACGCCUCAACCUUCAGAGGAAUGUGUUUUUUUUUAUCACACGCCCUUGUUGGGGACAAAUUUGCACGUACCGCUGAGGAAGCAACGGCUACCGAGUUCGAACUCUUCUGGCAUUUGCAAGCGGUUCUGUUAUCUCCACUUUCCAUUGUGGGCGCAUGCGUCGGCCUCUGUGUUUUCAGCGAAAAGCCAUAGGGGUCAAGGAACACAUUGCGGAGGGCAACCUGCCGGUGCCAGGCAAAGCCAGCAACAAAUCUGCAGACAAGCGUUUUGCAUCUUCUGCACUUGUAGAUUACAAACCAGAAUGGGUGCCUUCUAUUCUUUUUCGCAGACUAAACAUUCCUCUACCGUUCAGUAACUUUCAGGUUGACGGAAGUGACUCUUGAUCAUCUGCUACUCCCACUGACGAGUCUAAGAGACUUCAAAACCUACGAGUGUCUAGAAAGGGUUUGGUUCCUCCUUCAGAACAAUGGGGCAUUAAUAAAGCUUCACAGCCAUCACUGGUUUGAUUAUCUACUUUGUCUAGACUGUUUCCCUUCAUCAAUGCAACCGUUCAGGGCAAAAAUGUGUAAGGAGUGACUUAGAAAAAGCUAAUAAAACAGAGACUUUUGCUUGUGAAAGCUGUAAAAAAUUUACAAACUAAAGUCAACUUUUUCAUAAAGUUAUUCCUAGGGAACAUCUGAGUUCAGAUGCCACUGUGACUCUACUUCCUGACAUUGUUGGAGUCACAGUGGAUCCAUUUCCUCAAUUUAUCCAACGAAAAUAAACAAAGCCCAUCAGGCCCUUUUCUUUCAAAAACCAUAUUAGUUCUUGUGAAGUGAAAGGAACAGCAUACCUGCUUUCAUUUCUGAAACACAAAAAGCUGUAGAUCCACCUUUUCACAUCCACCAAUCAGAACUUUAACUUUCUUUGCAGUAUGUCUCUACCAGGCAAAAUUUCUGCUUGUUCUUUUUGCAAAACGGUUAAAGAUCAAACAGGUUUGAUGGGAAGAGUCUGUUAACAUCAAUUUGAAAGUUACGGGAUAAUAAACCCCACCAUUGUAACGUUGGCUGUGUUUUUAGCUAUAAAAAAUGGUAACAGAUCUUAAAGCGUUUUAAUUCCCAGGUGAAACAAUGGCUAAAACAAAAACGAAUAUGUGAACACUGACAUAUACCAGCUUACGCUGUUGAGAUUUCUCUAAUAUGCAUUUUCAUGGUUUUCAUGUAAUUAGUCAUAAAUUUAGUGCAAGUGUCAGUGUGUGGGUGUGUCUGUGUAUCUGUGACAGGAAUCAUUCGUUUUUAACUUUGCUGUCUUUUAAAAAAAAGGUCCAUAAGAAGGUUCUGGGUUAGAAAAUUAGUCUGUGGCUAGAAAACCUACAGACAAAACAACAGUUGCUUUGUUUUCAACAUGCAACACUGUUUAAUGUGCCGUCCUUGAUCAAAUAAAUUCAACUGAAUUGUGCUGCUUUAAGGCUAAGUAAGGCUUAUUUUAAAGAAUUUGGACAUUAUUUAACUAUACUUAAACUGAACUAAUAAUUCAAGGAAAAAAUGUGGGCAUUGAUAUUUGCAGAUGUCCUUUAUUGUUUAUCUUUAAACGUUUUCUUUUCAUUUUGUGUUGGUCACUUAAAAUUCCAGUUGUAUACAUUAUAGCUUGAGAUAUAGUGAAUCACAAUUUCAAGAAUUUACACAGGGGCAUUGCUGAAACAUAAUGUAUACAACAUUACGUAGGUGUCAUUAUUCCUGCCUGCCAUACAAACUAAAGGUUCUACUAACGGUAUUUCUGAAGGCUGUAGGUAAAAACGUGACUUUGCGAACUCAGGAAGGGCCGACAGGAUUCAAAAUUUUCCUGAUCCACAAGGACCCAACAGGCCUUCAAAUAGCAGCUGCAGGGCGGACAAGGUCAGGAAAGUUAUGUAAAAUCUGUAUUUUUGGAUCAAGUCGGAUCUUGGGCUCUGUGGCAUUGCAUGGGGCCGCUCUCUAUGAUUUAUUGUUUACGCUGCAUAGAGCUCAUUUUAGGAAAAGGCAGACGUGUGCCAAUUCCUUUUGUUUACCUUGACAUCCUUUCAAACAACGCACGAGAACGGAUUUGUCUGUAUCCAUAAUAAUCUCCCGUCCGUGCACCGUGCCUUUCAUUUAGGCAUUUGUGCGAUUCAUGCAAAAACAAACCGAAAAAGGCUUUCGCCGAUAUCUAAAUUUAACUGCUGGGACAGGAAGUGAGUCUGUAUCUGUUUCCUUUUCCAGUAUUGUUGCUCCCUGGGGGGACUGGUGGUCAGGGAUUGUUUCACAUGACAAUGGUGCUGUGGUGGGUAUCCCGGGAUUAUUUUGCUUUUUGUUCCCCUGUGUUUUGCUCACCAAAUGCUGUAGUUGUAGUUGUACUACUUUCUGCUGGUUGCCCCAGAAUCUCAAUGAAAGACAUUGUUUUUGUUGCGCCUUUAGAAAAUGUGAAAAGAUGCAACAGCCAAAAGUACUUUUGCAAGGCGCUGUAGCUUGAAGUGUUAACAUCUGCAAAUAAUUACCGUUUUAAUGUUUAGGGAUAAUUUAUUGCAAAAGGGAACACUUGGGAAGUGAGGGGGGGGCAAAACCUUCGUACCUCGUUUUUAACAUUCAAAGCCGUGUUGCGCCAGUAGACUAUAAUGUGCUUGUAAUUAAGACUCGGGUGCAUCUAGGAUCCGAAUAUUCUGCUGAAGCACUUUCAGAUUAGGUAAGCAAUAAUUCAUUUGUAAUACGUUUAAGUGGAAGUGUUCCCCUACCAGCCCUUUUCCUGGUAAACACUAGUAUUUCAUCAGUGCUCUUUUUCUACCAGCCCUAAUUCACCCUUGCAUUGUGAAUUAGUUAAAAAGAAUUACACUAACAAGCAAUUUUCAGCUAGCUUUACAGUGUAAUGCUCCUUUAAGAUAUGGUUUCUUGUGUUUUGUUUACAAAGACAAGGAACAUAUGCUAUUAGACUGCUUGGAUAGUUAUUAGACAAGAUGAAAAAUGGCCAAAUCUCCUAAAGUAAAUUGUAUUUUUUGCAAAAAGUUGGCAUGCAAGAAAGAAUGUUGCUUAGCUGGAGGAGUGACUGUGUGUAUUUAAUUUUGACCUAAGUUGUCAAUGAGUGGUAUAGCUAGUUUUCUUCAUUGGUAAGAUGGUGUUGGCUUUCAUAAUUUGCAGGUAAAUAUGAACACAUUAACUGUAAUAUGGACCUAAUUAGCAAAAAAUCAAGUCAGUCAAGAAUGUUAGUCUUUGUUUCCAACAGAACAAUGGUCAAAAUAUAGAGAAAAUUCUCACAAAUCACUGAACAAACUUAAAAGAGAUAAACCAGAAAGAACAAAGCAAUUUGACUUUCAUCAAACAGAAAGCAUGAAUGAAAUAUUUCAGAUUAAAGCAUAUUCCCAGACCUACAUCCAGUUGAGAUUCUCUUCCAGAAUAAGUAUUUAAAAGUUUUUUUUUUAUUUAUUUUUUAAUCUUGAUUCUUCAUCCAAUCAGAGAUUGAUCCGAUUGGAUGAAUCAGAUCAAGCUCUGAUCUCAUUUUUUGAAUGUGGGAUCAUUCUUUUUUGAUCAAACAAAAAAGAAUGACAAAUAUUACAUCUCUGUAAUAUUUGCAGUAUAAAGCAUGUCCAAAGCUGGUAGAGACAUACGAUGUAUAAAUUUCUGUGUUCCAAUAAAAGCUUCCCAACAAAAAUACAUAAACUUAUUUGCCAAUUUUCUGACUUGACAUCGGCUGACUGGCAGUUUACUCUGUCGGCUAUACAUUGGGAAAAUAAUGCAGCAUUAUCUUUGCAAAAAAAUAAAAAAAUACUAGGAGAGCUUGAAACUGCAUUUGCUCAAACAUUUGUCUCAUAAGAACUCACUGCAUUUAUUGUCACUGGGAUGAUGUUGAAACUAUUUUUAACUUGAAUUUUAUUGCUACAUAUUAGUAUCUUUGAAGGAGACAGUUUAAAUUUAAAGCAGUGUUUCUCAAUUCCGGACCUCGUCAACCCUACCCUGCAUAUUUUAGGUGUUUCCCUUCUGCCUCACACCUGGAUUGAAUGUGUGGGUGAUUAAUAGCCUUCUGCUGUUCUUGAUGGUCAUGCAAUCAUUUGAAUCAGCUGUUCUGGAAUAAAGACACAACUAAAACAUGCAGAGCAGGGGGGCCUGAGGACUGGAAUUGAGAGGCACUGAUUUAGAGUAAGGACUUUGUUAUGAAGACAGACAUUUUUACUUGGUCCGCUCAGGUCCACAUGAAAUGGCCACAGACCUAAAGCUGUACCUGUGUGUAGCUACCGUAUCUAAUAAAAGGAUGUGGUGCCCGUCCAGGAGGCAGACGGCUCUAUUGUUCAUGCGACUCUUUGGAACACAGUCUCCUGGCUGUCCAUUCAGGAUGUUGGAUUGGACCUCCUUGAGCAAAUUGAAAUAAGAAAAGAGCAGCCAGUAUCACCAACUCCCAUUAUCCCCAUCAUCCAGCAGGAACAAUGGCUACUGCCCCCGUCCUUUCCCAGGAACCUCAGCCCUCCGUUCCCACAGUGCCGUCUCAUUCUGAGGAGCCGGAGGACCAUUGUUACGUGGGAUGACCUGUCCUCCGAUUGUUCCCAGGAGGACACACACACAGUUUUCACACAGUGCACUCGCUGUAACUCCCAGCGCCACCUCUGCAUCUUCACUUUGUGCUUUUUUUUUUUCCUGUUUUGAAUGGAAACUUCCUCCAGCCUAGGGUAAUUGCUUCUUCAAACAUGUCUCAUCCGAAGUGGAGUGGGCCAUUUCACUGAUAGCGAACACAAGAACAGAGACAAAAAAGCUGGAGAUGGCUGCAGAUAUUCACCACUGUGGUUGCCAGUGGAAGUCUGGGCUUCAUGAUCUCUACCCAUUUCGCAAGCUGGCGGGGUAAUGUAGCAGAACGUAUCCUGGCACACUAGAAAGGCUGCAGACCACUUUUAUUUUAUUACCACAGAACUAGUCUGGGACCAGCUUUUAAAACCCCAAACUGCGGGAUCAGUUCUGUUGCUUAUUUGUCUCAUUUGUCUGAUUCAGCCUGUGACUAAUUGCAGUCCGUUUUUAUUUUCAGACCCGCUUUUUGCUGUAGCGAUGACGAAAGUAAAAGCGGUCUUGACUCAAGCGUGGACGUUUACCAGCACAUUAAAUGUCACAUCUCUUGUUAACAUUUAUUCCCUCCGGAGGUUUUUGGAAGUUCGAAGCGAGAGAAAACAAAGAAAUCAGGUGAAUGGUGGAAAAAAAGAAUCAACUUGGAAGAUAAACACUUUGCCUGUUUUAUAUUUUCAAAGAUGAUGACAGUGUGUUAAAGGAUAAACUUGCAUCAUUUAAAGAUGUCUAAUAUUAAAGCUGCAGUAUGUAUCUUUUAGAAAAAUGUUUUUUCCAUAUUUAUUAAAAAUGUCACCAUGUGGAGGAAGCAUGUCGUCAGUAUGACACAGAUAAUCUGUGCAAAAAAUAAUAAUAAUCAAGCUCCUUCUCAUCCACUGAAUGCUGCUGUUAAUGAACAGAACCAAUCAGAGCCAGGAGGAGGGUCUUAGCACUGUCAAUCAUCCUCGUGUAUGCUGUUCAAUGUGCUAAAGGCGGAAAAACAGCUCAUCAGUACAGGAAAUCCAUUUAUCUGCAGUCAACAGUGGCUAUGCUAACUAACAUUAGCUUUUGUGGCAGGCUAAGUUGUGGUGAACCAGUUGUGGCUGGGGUAUUGACUGAAUACAGUCAAUACCCCUGACUGUAUUCAGGGGUAUUGAGUACAAGGGACAAAAUACAAAUGCAAGCCUCACUUUUCCGAUUACAAAAAAAUAACAACACAAAAAACAAAAAUAAAAUCCUAACAAAUAGAAUUAUGGUGGUGAAAUGUGAAAAUUCAAGAUGCAUCAAUGCUUUUUUGAUGAUGAUGAGUUGACUAAAUAUGAAUGAGUUGACUUCCCUUCAGGAAUAAGUUUAGCUUUUCAGAGCUGAAUGACAAUUUU